AUGAAGUGGACCUUGAUUAUUGUGGCUAUUUCUAUGUAUGCUUUACAUGGAAAUUCAGAUCUUGAUACUGUUAAACAAUUACUUACAGAUUUGAAAACAAAUGUGUAAUUGGACAUUGAAGCAUUAGAUGCAGCUUGGGAAUUACAUAAAAAUAAUAAGUAAUCAAUAAUAGAUGCUUUGGGUUUUUCAACUUAAGAAUAGAGAUCAGAAUGUUCAAAGAAGGAUGAAGAUGUUGAAAGUAAAAAGAGAGACAUUAAAAUUACUAAUGAUUUUAUAGCAUGGAUGGAGAAAAGAUAGAGAUUAAAUUCCAAUCGUUUGGGAGUAUUAGAAUAAAAUAGGUACUUUUACAAACUCAUGCAAAUAGAUGUCAAUCAAGCAAUAAUUAUGUUCAUGAUAUUAAGAAUUAUAAAAUUGCAUUAGCAUUAGUGAAAUUUUUAAGAGAACAAUUAGAUAAAUUAGAUAACAAUGCAUCUCCUGCUUAGAAAUAAGAAUUUUUGUAAAAAGUAACCAAAUUUGUUUAGAUCUAUUAAACAGGUAAACUUUUAACAAUGGUUGAAAAUUUAUAAAUCAAUAAUGAUGGCUCAUAUGUCUUACCAACUGUUGAAGGUGAUGAAUAUGAUCUAAAUGAAUCUAUUUUAUCUUCAACAAGAGGAAAAAGAAAUACAAAUAAAAUUCUUAUUUAAUAAUAAUAAACAACUGUUAUUGCAUAAAAUGAUGGAGAUGAUAAAGCAGAUAGUGCAGUUGUUUUGAUUCCUAGUUAAUGUGAUGAUUCAAUCAAUACAGUUAUUGUUGUAUAAAAUGAUGAUGGUACAGGUAAUGAUGAUGAUUUACAUAUUAAAUUUACUAAUGGAGGAUCUAAUACUAAUGGUCAUACUAAACCUAUUCCUAAACCUCAUGUUGAUCCUAUUCAUAAACAUCAUUCAGAAGAAUAUGUAAGUGGAGAAGAAUUUAUUGAUAAUAAUUAAGAAGAAGUAGAUGAUAAUGAAGAAACUGAAGAAGAAAUUGAUGAUGAUAAUAAUACAGAAGAAUAAACACAUGAUCAUGAUGAUAAUAAUACAGAAGAAGAAAAAAAUGAUAAUACACAAGAGGAAAUACAUAAUGAUGAUGAUAAUAAUAAUGAGGAAAGUAAUCAUUAAGAUAAUAAUGAUACUACUGAUAAUGAUUAAAAAAAGACUGGGGAUGAUGAAUCAGUUAGUAAGCCAUCAGUUACUGAAGAAGAAGAUUUAAGUGUAUAAUUAUAGAAAUUAUAUUAAGGAUAUUAGAAAGGUAUUAGAUGCCAUUGAAAAACAUAGUAGAAAAUCGUUAGAUUUAGAAUAAGAAGAUGAAGUUAGAAGUUCUAUGAUUUAUAUUGAUUUUAAACUACACAUUGAAUUAGAAAAUCAAUAUUUUAAUAAAUAAAUUGCUGGAGAAAAAGAAAACUUAGUAUAUUAUUAUUCUUAUUUAUUAUUAGAUCAAAUUAACUAAUCAACUUACCAGUAGAGUCUCUAUUUCAAGAUAAUGUAAUGCAAGACUCAAAUAAAUUUCUAUUGCUUUUUAAGUCAGCUAAGAUGUAAUCUCUUUCAUUUUUAUAUAUAAUAGGAUUAUAAUGAUUCAUAUUAACAUUACUUAGAACUUAGAAAAUCAAAGGAAUAUGAGUUGGCAACCUUUGAAGAUAUUUACAGAAUUUAUACCAAUUAGGUUGUCUGA